AUGUGAGUAUGGCUUCUGAGUGUUUCCAGAAGUAUUUUGAUUGUUCAGUCUAUAUUUAAAAUACAUACCCACUGUUAUAGGUAACUUUUCCCAUUAAGAAUCCCAUUUCCCAUUAAGAAUCGCCUGAACCUCAAUAUGUGACACCCAGGCCUCUAAAGACAUUCUCAAUGGAUUGUCUCUAAAAAAAAAAGUGAGAGUUAACUUUGGGCCUGAGGCUGGUGGGUGCUUUUUCUCCCUUCCACCAUAAAGAGAGUCUUAUGGGAGAUCCAGGUGUUGCACAUAUAUAGCUGUGUAUUCUUCUGCACCUGUAUAACUCUGCCACCUGCUGAUCUUCCCAAGUUGGGAAUGCCGACCAGUGCACUGAUUGGAAGGCCUUGCUUUCUCGUCUAUGGUACAUUAUGCCUCCUCUGGUCCAAGCCAUCUUUAACCGUGAUAUAGAGGAGGUACGGUCACUGCUGAGUCAGAAGGAGAAUAUCAAUGUAUUGGACCAAGAGAGACGGACCCCUUUGCAUGCAGCUGCAUAUUUGGGGGACGCCCCUAUUGUUGAACUCCUUAUUCUAUCAGGUGCUAACGUUAAUGCAAAGGAUACCCUUUGGCUAACCCCGUUACACCGUGCUGCAGCUUCUCGCAAUGAGAAGGCACUUAACCUCCUUCUAAAGCACUCGGCAGACGUCAACGCUCGUGACAAGUAUUGGCAAACACCACUGCACGUUGCUGCUGCCAACAGAGCCACCAAGUGUGCUGAGGUCAUCAUCUCCCUGCUUAGUAGCGUCAAUGUGGCAGACCGCACUGGCCGCACAGCACUACAUCAUGCCGUACACAGUGGGCACAUUGAGAUGGUAAACCUACUCUUAAAUAAAGGGGCCAAUCUGAGCACAUGUGACAAGAAGGAGAGACAGCCAAUACACUGGGCGGCCUUCCUUGGGCAUUUGGAAGUCUUGAAGCUGCUUGUGGCUCGAGGUGCUGAUGUCACAUGCAAAGACAAGAAGGGUUAUACCCUGUUGCACACAGCAGCAGCCAGCGGACAGAUUGAAGUGGUGAAGCACCUGCUGAGGCUUGGAGUUGAGAUUGAUGAACCAAAUUCCUUUGGCAACACUGCACUUCACAUUGCCUGUUACAUGGGCCAGGACGCUGUGGCCAAUGAACUGGUCAACUAUGGCGCCAAUGUCAAUCAGCCCAAUGAGAAGGGCUUCACCCCCCUGCACUUUGCUGCCGUCUCCACCAACGGAGCCCUGUGCCUGGAACUUCUCGUCAAUAAUGGAGCGGACGUAAACUUCCAGAGUAAAGAAGGGAAAAGUCCUUUGCACAUGGCUGCCAUUCAUGGACGGUUUACACGCUCUCAGAUUCUCAUACAGAAUGGCAGUGAGAUUGACUGCGCUGACAAAUAUGGCAAUACCCCCCUUCAUGUUGCUGCUAGAUACGGCCACGAGCUGCUAAUUAGUACUUUGAUGACGAAUGGUGCUGAUACUGCAAGGCGUGGGAUCCAUGACAUGUUCCCCUUGCACUUAGCUGUUCUCUUCGGAUUCUCAGACUGUUGUCGUAAGCUACUUUCCUCAGGUCAGUUGUACAGCAUUGUCUCUUCACUCAGCAAUGAGCAUGUGCUGUCUGCAGGCUUUGAUAUCAAUACGCCAGAUAACCUCGGGAGGACCUGCCUCCAUGCUGCUGCUUCUGGAGGGAAUGUUGAAUGUCUUAAUUUGCUGUUGAGCAGCGGAGCUGACUUGAGGAGGAGAGAUAAGUUUGGAAGGACUCCUUUGCACUAUGCAGCCGCAAAUGGCAGCUAUCAGUGUACGGUGACGCUAGUCACUGCCGGAGCCAGUAUUAAUGAAGCUGACUGCAAAGGCUGCACCCCCUUACAUUAUGCUGCUGCUUCAGAUACAUACAGGAGAGCUGAGACUCAUUCAGGAAACAGCCAUGACACUGACGAGGAGCCACUGAAGGAGUCACGACUGAAGGAGGCAAUCUUUUGUUUAGAGUUCUUAUUGGAUAAUGGUGCUGACCCAUCUCUCCGGGACAAGCAGGGAUAUACUGCUGUCCAUUACGCAGCUGCCUAUGGCAACAGACAGAACCUUGAGUUGCUCCUGGAAAUGUCAUUUAACUGCCUGGACGAUGUGGAAAGCACCAUUCCUGUCAGCCCUUUGCACUUAGCUGCCUAUAACGGUCACUGUGAAGCCCUGAAGACACUUGCCGAAACCUUGGUGAACCUGGAUGUGCGGGACCACAAAGGGAGGACGGCUUUGUAUCUUGCCACGGAGAGGGGCUCCACGGAGUGUGUGGAGGUGCUUACUAGCCAUGGUGCUUCUGCUCUGGUGAAGGAGAAAAAGAAGAAGUGGACACCCCUACAUGCUGCAGCUGCCUAUGGGAACACAGAUUCCCUACAUCUUCUCAUUGACAGUGGGGAGAGAGUCGACAUCACAGAUGUCAUGGACGUCCAUGGACAAACUCCGUUGAUGUUGGCAAUCAUGAACGGCCAUGUAGAUUGUGUCCACCUCUUACUGGAGAAAGGAUCCACGGUGGAUGCAGCAGAUAAGAGAGGCAGGACUGCACUGCACCGGGGGGCUGUGACUGGCUGUGAAGACUGCCUUGCAGCACUGCUGGACCAUGAUGCCUUUGUAUUGUGUCGGGAUUUCAAGGGCCGGACCCCGAUCCAUUUUGCCUCGGUGUGUGGGCAUUCCGAAAUCCUGAGGACCUUGCUGCAGGCAGCGCUCUCUACUGACCCUCUGGACUCUGUGGUGGACUACAGUGGCUAUUCACCAAUGCACUGGGCUUCUUACAGUGGGCAUGAAGAUUGUCUUGAAUUGUUACUUGAACACAAUCCAUUUGCAUACCUAGAAGGAAACCCCUUUACUCCAUUGCACUGUGCAGUAAUUAACAACCAAGAUGGCACUGCUGAAAUGCUUGUGGAAGCAUUGGGUGCCAAGAUUGUUAAUAGCAGAGAUGCCAAAGGAAGGACCCCCCUUCACGCUGCUGCCUUUGCAGACAACAUCCAUGGUUUACAACUGCUUUUGCACCACCAGGCUGAGGUAGAUGCAACUGACCAACUGGGAAGGACCUCUCUUAUGAUGGCUGCUGAGAAUGGCCAGACAGCAGCAGUUGAGUUUCUGCUGUACAGAGCAAAAGCUGACCUAACUGUGCUGGAUGUCAACAAGAACACAGCUCUUCACCUGGCCUGCAGUAAGGGUCAUGAAAAGUGUGCCUUGUUGAUUCUGGGGGAAACCCAAGACCUUGGCCUUAUCAAUGCAACUAACAGUGCUCUGCAGAUGCCACUCCAUAUUGCAGCCCGAAAUGGAUUGGCCUCUGUUGUUCAAGCUCUGCUGAGCAGAGGUGCCACUGUACUUGCUGUUGAUGAAGAAGGCCAUACCCCAGCCUUGGCUUGCGCCCCUAACAAAGACGUUGCCGACUGCCUGGCACUUAUCCUUUCCACCAUGAAGCCUUUUCCACCUAAAGACGCCAUCAGCCCUUUCAGCUUCAACCUCCUCAAGAACUGCGGCAUUGCUGCCAAGACAGCAGCUUGCAGUGCCCUGCCCAAUGGGAACAGCUGCCCCUACACCAAGGAUAGACACAAUGCCAUCGGCUUAGAUGGCUGUUACUCCGAGUAGCUUAAAAAAACCAUGAUGGGUGAUCCGAUAUCUUCUAUUUAUUUAGGAAUUAUAUAAAUAUAGGACACUUUAAAGGAGAACAAGACUGGGAUAGGCCAUCCAAAAUGGCUGGAAAAGAGUGGUGGAGGAUCUCAGCUUCUGCUUCCUAUCUAGACUCCUGGUUUGACCACUAGCAUCCCUUACUGUCAAAAUUAAUAAGAUAGCCAUGUGGCUCAUAAACUAAUUGAUAGUUGUUUGAUCUUAUUAAAUAAUUCUGCUUUAUUAAUUCGGGUAUAAAAAAACAGCCCAUGAAACCUAAAAUAAUCUAUUUGAUAUCUGCUGUUCCCCAUCCUUCAGCCAAAUGGUUUUGUCUGUUGGUUCUGAGUCUGCCACUUGGUUAACUUCAAAAUGGCCAGUUUUUUAAAUUCCCAGUUCCUCUGGCUUUGGCGCGUUCAAGAGCUAAAGAGCAAACCCAAACUAGUUUCAUGUGGUGCUUGCUGAGUUGCAAGGCCCAACUCUUAAUUGGUGGGAUUUGAAAGUGUGAACCUUUUAAAAUCGACCCAUCCCAGGCUUCCCAUUUAACUAGUUCCCACUCAUUUUGUAAUAUAUGUCUGCAUGCUUUACAGCUGAAAACAUUCUUUUUGUUAGGCUGUGAGGUCUAGGUGGGGAACAGAAGCCUGAAUUUCUCCAUGUUUUUAUUUGGCAUGAGUGUUGUGGUAAACAAAGGACCGCCAAGAAGGGCAGCAGCUCCUGGCAAAGUGCCACUAUAACUGCUCCUUCCUUUCUAGUAAUUGUGUGUGUGUGUGUGUGUGCGUGCGUGCGUUCGCUCACGUGUGUUUGAUGCUUGCCCUUUUUGAUUCCAGUGAAAACACUUGAAUUGAGAACUACUGUACCUGGGACACUAGGAUACCUUAGGCAGCUCGUAUUCCCUUGUAUGCAAAAUGGGUGCUGUUGCCCAGCUGACUGCGGUCCUCUCUGAUAGUUCAUGUAUGCGCUGCCAGAAUUAUCCCCACCACCAUAUCAGGCACUUUAGGGAUUUUCUCUUUUUGGAGGCUGAUCUUUGUUUUUUGUGGGUGGAAUGGGAAGGAGGAAUUAUAAAAUGUUGGAUCCCCAAAGAGAAUUUCCUUCAUGGCUCCUUCCCUUCUUUGUGUUGUGCAGUGUUUCCACUUUAGGCAAGUCAGUGUUGCUUUUUUUAAAAGAAAGAAAUUAUUUAUAAAGAAAAAAGAGGCAUUUAUCCUUUUAAAAGCAACAAAAAGAGCUUUUGCAAGGAAAACAGUGCACUUCAGAACCUUAACAAUCCUCCAUUUGUAUUUAUAAUUUGUCCCUCUAGGAUGCCCUCCAGCAGGUUUCAUUGGGGCUUAUCUGUGUUUUAUGUAUGUAGAUAUUUCCAUGGAUAGGAUUAGUGUGUGUGUUUGUUUCUAUUUUAAAAUUUGUAUUUAUUACACAUUUAAGUGUAUGCACUGUUCCCCCCCCCUUUUGUACUGUAAAUUGUAUCAUGCAUAGAAACUUACAAAAAAAAAUAUCAUAUCACAAGUACAUUCAAAGCCAAAGAUUGGGAUGUAGCAAUUGGUUGAGGGUUCCCAGGGCAAAUGCUUUUGAUCCAACAAUCUUUCCCUCCUCUUUCCCAGUUCUGCAGUAUUGUGCUGGUUCUUGGACCAGCGGUUGGCAAAGUCUAGGAGAUUUGCAGAAUGAAUUGUUUGAGAAUGUUGGACAUCUGUACCAGUGAGCUGUUAGGGAUAAGUAUCUCUGUGAAGCAACUAGUUUUCAUAGUCCCCAACCACUUCCUCUUAUGGAAUUAGCAAGACUGUUAAGGAGAAAAUAUGAGCCAGCUUCAUGCUUGAACCAUCCUGCUUCAUGGUGCGUUUUUACACUUUAAAAAUGUAAAUAUAUAUAUAUAUAUAUAAAUAUUAAUUACAGUUUCUUUAACCAAAAAUUUACAUGGAAAGCCAAUCUUCCCCUGCCCCAGUUUUAUACUGAUCUUGUGAAAUGACAUCGACACAACUUGCCAUUUCCUUAGCCUUGUUUACUUGGGCACUGAUUAGCUUCUCAAGAAAUUCAGAAAAUCAGAAACUAGUCAGCUUUCUUUUUUUUAAAAAAAGGAACUUAAUCCAGAUACACAAAAGACAAAAUAAGGUUUCUCCUCCUUUUGGCACUGUUUAAUUUACCAAAGCCAAAUUCCUAGAGCCAAAUAUAGAAGCCACAAUCUUGUCAUUUGGCAAGCAGUGCGUUUUAAAGAGAGAUUCCCAGUUUUCAUUUUAUUUUCCUUUUAUUUACCACCACCACCACCACCACCACCAAAUGGACUCUGUCUUCCCCACAGACAUUUGCAUAUCAUUCUGAAUCAGCUGUUUAAGCAUUAGCUGAAUAUUUUGUUCGUUUGCUGUAUAUUGGAUAGUUUGCAAAAACUGGGGGCCUUAAGGUAGCAAGUUCUAGUCUUCUAACAAACCCAGCCAUUUCCUUCAAAUAAGCCUUCCACAAAGACUAGGGCGCUACUAGCUUAGCUGUUUUUCUUUCUUUGAUGCCCAAGGAAUCUUUAGAGAUCUUUUCACUUUGCAGCUACUGGAUAUGAACGUAUUAAGGUUUUAAUGAACUUGCCAAAAAGCACAGCAACAGCCUGUUGCAAGUUGGCUGUGAGUUUCCUUGCUGCACUAUGAUCAGGUUAGUUUUCUGUGCCCUCAGUUGCUUCAAGUUUUCUACCUUGAAAGAAAGUAUUAACCUUUCUACACCGAAUACCUCACGUUGGAAUAGAAAUGAACAAAACUUGAAUUAAGCAUCCACUUUCCUCCCCCACCCCCUCUUUUUAAUACAGAAAGGUCCUUUCCCUCACUGUUUAGUGGGAGAGUUGAAAAUAAUUUUAAACCCUUGUUUACAUUGUUUUUUUAAGGUACUAGCAAUUUGCAACUUAACAAAUUGCCUAAUUUUAUUUUUGCCUUUUAAGCACAUUUCCCUUGCCCUGCCACCCAAGAGGGGAGGGCAGGACAGGUUGUAGGGAACUAAGUCUGAAGCCACACCUUUAAACCCCCCCUUCCCUUUUAAGGGCUAAAGUUUAAUCCUUUUCUAAGAGCCAGAAACCUCUAUGGAAAGGCUUUGGACUGAGACGUUUAGAAAAAAAGUGGCAAGGGAGGGGAUACUAUAUGCUAAUGGUUGUGCUACAAUUUGGAAAUACGUAUCAUUCCUUGGAUGUUCUUGAGCAUUCUUGACUUUGCACUCUCACCUGUACCAGUUAAUAGAAACCAAUUUUUGUUACUCAGUGGAAUAUGUAUUCCUGUCCAAAAAAAAAAAAAAAAGCAUAGCAGAGGUAUAGCUUUACUUCAGAAUGGAAACAUUUGUGCUCCUGUGUGUAGAGUUGAGGUUAGUGCUCCUCAUGAUUUAUAUCAGUCAUCUGUGAUGGAGACCUACAGUUGUUGGUUGUGGAGUGUUAACAGAGGUGGAGAGCCAAGGAGAUCUAACUGUCUGAGUAGCACAAUUCUUUGAACAGCAGGUAUGGCCCUCUCAGUUUUUAUCUCUGUUUUAAAAACCAAAAGGCAUUGGGGGAGGGAGUGGUGUGAGUGAGUGAGUGGGUGAGUGAAAUGGGAAUAGGCUUUCCAAGAUCAUUUCAAAACAAGGGAAUCUCUUAACCCUUGAGAUAUGCUUGCAUUUCCUUUUCUUUUAUUAAGAUUGUAGCAGAUUGUUACACAUGUUUUCUUUUUAUUAACAGGGAAAAAUAAUAACCUGACACUUGAUCAUUUUUUUAGUAUAUUCUUGCUGGUAAUGUGUUCCUCUUCUCAUAUGUCAACAUAAAAAUUCAAUAUAAGACAAUCAAUGUGAUCUCUUUAAGGGCUCCAGUGUUCUUAGCUCUGUAGUAUCAUGCAUUAAUAUUUUUAUGCUCAAUUUUGCCCUUAUUUUUUUCCCUUUUUCAAAAUGAUGAUGAUGAUGAAGAAGAAAAUGGAGUGGGGAAAAUUCCAGCAGCGCAUACCUGAAUUAAAAAUAUUUCAGUAAAUAAAUCAAUAAAAUAAAGAGGCGGAGGCAUAAAUUAGGUGGAUGGUGGAGGAAUGUGGCCAGUUUUAUUGUAGUUUCCAGUCUUGUUCUCCUUUAAUGUUGUUAAUGUGUACAUUUUGACAGCACAGCUUGACAAUUUAAGUAAUAAUCAAAGUGUCUGGUGGUAAUAACUUGCAUUUUUGUGCUAAGAUGAGAGUUGGUUUCCCUAGUGCAUUGUAAAAGAGGGCUGGAGGCAAACUUCCUUUUUACUUCCUAUCUUGUCUUUUCUUCUGUUCCUCUGCCCAUCUGCCCAGUAUUGUGAAAGCACAUUUGGCCUAAGGAUGUGCAGUAUUUUAUUUUAUUUUAUUGCAGGGUUGGGGAAAGUGGAAUGUUGUUUUCCUUUUGCAGAUAUCUCACUUAGGGUUUGUUCCUAUUGCCACCCUCUUUAGGAACAAGAUUUUGAACAUAACAUCUUUUUGACCUCAAUAAACACUUUCAGAUCUUUCCGUCCCCUGCCCUAAACAAUCUGUUUCAAAAGCAAUCAUUGAGCUUCCCUCCUUAACCAAAUAAGGAAGUUUCUUUCCAGCCACUUUUCUUCAAAGCACUUGCUUUACAAGUAAAAUAAGCACUUUUGUUUAAAAGCAUGAGGGUCUAGUUCCCCCUUUUUAUAGCAACCCAUAGGAGAAAGGCCAGCAAGGGGAAAUGGGAUCAGGAGGUGUUUGGUUUUGCUUUAUUUUCAUUUGUUUGUUUUUAGUGGGGUGGGAUGUGGGCAAUUAUUUUAAUUAACUUCAUGUCUUUAGAGAAUUAAUGAACAAAGGGAAGUUGUGUUUGAAAAAAAAACAGCACAAAUACAUUUCAGCUUGACAAGUGUAUUUGCACUGCCAUUGUUAGAUAAAUGGGCCACCCACCGGGAGCCCAGCUGAGCCAUAUAACUAUUGACAAACACUGAAUGUAAAUGUCCUUGUAGAGGACAAGUACAGUACUGGGAAGCUAUAAAUUGAUCUUAUAUUCCUAAAUGGGCACUUCAGCAAUUUUGAAAUAACCAGUCCUGUUAAGAUGAUGCUGUUCUCUCUUUUCUUUCUUUAUUUUGCCUUUUUUUCCCCCCAAGUUGCUGGAGAAUAAGAAAAUUUUCAUUUGUUUUUAUUACUGCUACUACUACUACUAUCAUUUUAAAACUUCUUUUGCCCCCCUGGAGUGGGAAAAUCAUGAAAUACCUUCCUCUCCUCUGCUUUACACACACAGCUCUAAGGUAAGAGAUGAAUUAUGACUGGAUGAGUACCAGAGUCCUAGAAAAGUAUUAUGUAAAUUAGACUCCAGAAUACCUGCAUGCUGUCCAUUAUAGCCUCUUUGUUGGUGGCAGUAGUUUUCAAACUGGAUUCUGUGGAGCCUGUGGGGACAUUUAUCAAGGCUCCUGGAGGAAAAGUUCUGUAGUGGUUGCCAAGAUGGUGUACAAAGCUGCAUGGGCUACCACUGUCAAACUUAUGCGUUGCUUAGUUACAGAGAAAGCUUGGGUGCCCCUUGGGGCCAACCCUCAGUUUAUGCAGGACAACAUACCUGGCUGGCUCUUGAUGUAACUGAGAGUAAAUCCAAGGACCUAGCCCAGAGUCCCUUGUCUCGUGCAGUGGUUCUAUGGCCAAUGAGGCAAGGGAUACUUGGCAGACAAACUGAUGUGGAAAGAUUCCUCUUGUGGGUAGGAAUGUUGAAGUCCCAACUGGUUUAAGAUGCACCAGAGCAUCUGAAGGCCUUGGUGUGUGUGUAUGUGGUUCUGUUCAGCUUUUAACAGAAGCAGCCAAAUACUCACUUCCCCUUUCCCCUCUGCACCUAUUAAUAGAAAGUGUAUUUCCACAAUUUCCACCUUUGUCUCUCCUUGCCCCUUGUUUUUCCCAAAUAAAAUACUUCCAUACAGACAUUUUGUGUAACUCAAAUCUGAUCACAUAUUCCCCCCCCCCCCGCAUCCAUUAGUGCCAAAGGGACCACAAAGUAAAAGAAAAGAAAAAGGGGGGGGGGCAAUCUGUUAGUUGCAAAUGCGAACUUCAUUUGCAGUGCAUUCACACUGCAAGCCCAAUUUACCUUAACCUGGGGUUGACUUUUGUUUUGAAAUACAGGAAAAUAGCAGGGGAGAAAACCUCUGCAGUUGGAUUUAUUUAAAGUCUCUUCUCUGGGCUCAGUUCUGGGGGAUUUACUGGUGAACGUGGAGUGUUGUAAAAGCAAAUUUGGCUUCAGUGCCAUUUAAUUCCUUAAAAAACUAUCAGUGUUGGUGGAAAAAGAAAGAGAAAUUAAGAUAUGCAUAGAAAUUUCCUACCGGAAGAAAGGACAUAGAUGAUGAUAGUGAACUACGGAAUGGUGGCUUCAUUUGAAUAAUUAACAUUGGGUCAAAGAAAAGUCCUUGAGGUAACAUUAGAUAGAAGAUAUAUCAGGGUGGGGCGGGAGGGGGUUGAAUCUUUAAGGACUCUUUUAAGGCAUCUGUAGCAAGUUCUUGGUGUCUUUCCUUCAAUAUCCUAUGUGUAAAUGCUGCACCUAUGUAUAUUAUGCACAUAAAACAUUUCUUCUGAAUAAGAUAGGACAGACCUCAUCACCAGUCAGGUAUAAACUAUUCUUCCUCUUCUGUGUGUCAGUUUUCCAGUUUGUAUGUGUGCGUAUGUGUGUGCGUGUGUGCGCACACAUGUGCGUAUGUGUUAUCUGUGCGAUGAGCAUCUUUUCAAAUUCACUUUCGGUGCAAAAAUAAAAGGGAUUUUAAAAAAGGAAAAGAAAAAUAGCCUUACUUUUAACUCCAACCUUGUCUUAUUAAUUUGUCAACUUGAAUAUAAUAAAGCAAAGUUGCAUGAAAGUCUUUGAAACUAGCUGAGCCUUGUAUGCAAGGUGGAUGGCAGUAAACUUUUUUCUAAACAAAAAAUUAGUAUGCAAUUUCAGCUGCACUUGGUUCUUUCCAAAAUUCCUGCUUUGUUUUCUUUAAAGAAUGAUGCAGGGUGGGUUGACUAUGCCAGCUUGUGCCUGCCUUCCCUUCUCAAAACCUUGGGAAGUGGUUUCCCCCACAUAUAUUGACAAUAAGAAAGACCUGUUUAGCACUGCAUGAGUAACCUCUAAUUGUAUUUUUUAAAAUAAGACCAGCAUUUUCGGAAAGUGAGACUUUAAAAUUUUGUUUAAACAUCACCUGAACAGAUGGUGUAGAUGGAUAAGAUAUUGAAGACAUUGCCACCCUUAUAGAGCUCUAAAGGGUGCAAAUGUUAAUAUAAAAGCUGUAGCAAAAAAGUCACAGAUGUGUGUGAUCAGAGCUAGUUUUCAAAUUGGUAGAGAGAAAAAAAGAACUGCUGCUUGUAGGAAUAACUGGAAAUGAGAAGGAUAUCCUUUGCUCACAGGAGUUGUGAAGUUACCGAAGACCAAACAUUUUGCAAAACAUCAGGAGAUAGUGUCUUUUAGUUCAGAUUAUCUAUUCUGUUAUCUCAAGAUAUUUGAGUGUUUAAUGUUAUCUGAUCUGCAUAAGUCAUUGGCUGCAUAUUGGAUAGACUUGCAAAUUGCACCCCCUUAUAUAAGUGCUUUGUCAGCAGUGGCGACUACCUCAGGAGAAAGCAUGAAUUGUCCUGAGCUCUGGAAAUGGCUUGUGACUUCGUCUUUUGGUGUGGGUCUUGGACCAGCAUGUGUAUGUGUUGUUUUUCUCUAUGGAUAUAGGAGGAUUUGUAUUUGGCCCCAAUCACAGCCCAGUACAUCCACACUGGUUUGGUCAGAUUGAUUAUAGGGGUUAGGAAAACUAGUUCCAUAAUGUACCCUUCCAGAUAGAUGUGUGUGUGUUGUAACACAGAGAUGCAAACACACAUGUAUUUUGUACGUCUGCCAGUGUCUGCCUGGUUAUCACCUUGAACCAUACUUGCUUUUGUUAAAUGCAUUAAAACAAUCCUCUCCAAUGGUUCCCUUUUGAUUUACACAGAACCAGUAUGCCAAGAGAAAAUGGAGUAGAUGUAAGGAGAUCUCCUCUGAAAAGUUGAUUUUGCAGCAUUUGUUACUUGUGUCAGGAAAGAAGUUUGGGCUCUCAUUCUCUGGGCAUUGCCUUAAUUCCUGAAUUUUGCACUGAUGUGUUGUCUGGCCAGUUGGGGGAUUUCUUAAGCAAAUGGGAGUGGGUGUGGGGAGGGGGAAAUGAAGGGAUGAAUCAUGCAUACUUUGAUGUGGGAGGGAAGGAGACAAGUGUUGUCAAGUGACCAAAACCAGUCUUUCUGUAUGUGGUAGAAUGAACACAUGUAGCCUUGUACCCAACGUCAGGUGACAGGUGGAGACAGUACCCCUUUGCUCUGUUGAGUGAGCAGCAUGUUUGUAUAUUUGAAACACAAAGGUCUUGGUGCACCUUUUAGAAAACUCUAGUGGUUAAGAUGCAAAAUUAAAAACCUUUCCCACUGCUAGCAGAAGCAAAUUCAGUGACAUCCCUGCUUGGAGCUAGUUUUCAAUGUGCAGAAAUCCAAAAACUUUGGCCUGUGUGAAACAAUGAAAGGAAGGGAAGCUAGAAAGACUGAAAAGAGAAUAGGGUAUAAUGGCAACCAGUGUUAGCUGCCAACUGUUAGUAUUUUGAAAGGUCUGUUUCAUGGGUCCACUUGAAGGUGCUUUCCAGAAUGGCUGCUCAUAUUUCAGUAUUUGUAUGUUGAACUGAGCUUUCUUGAAAAUUGUAGUUGAGAGAAGCUUCCUGUGAUGUCUUGGAUGUGUUGCAGUGAUCCAGGUGGUGUUGGCAUCUGCUGCUUGUCAAAAUUUAUGUAGUUGACAAGUGAAAAUGUGUUUAAAGGAAUUUUGUUGGUAUGUCUCCAAGGUGCUUUUAUUUAUCUCCUCCCCCAUAGCUUCACCCAGGAGUGUAUACCUUAUUGCUCCCAUUGAUUUCUGCUUCCUUCAGAAUUUUGCAGUGCCAUGUGAAAAUACAGGCUUCAGAUCAAACAUGAAUAUUGUGUUGCAGGUUUACUCUUUUUAAAAACAAAGCAUAUUAAACAUUCCAGAAGCUUGAGAGAUAUAGAGUGCAUGUAGCUUCUUUAUUUACAAGGAGCAUCUUGUGGGGAGAUAAAACAAAUUGUACAGAUUGUUCAUCCUGUAGCCAAGAAAGGCUAAAAAAUGAAUGAUGACCUUUUCCCAAGGAUAGGUGGCAGGUGUGUCCUUGUUAGGUGAGGUAUUCAAGAAAAGGAAUAUAUUACCAACAUUCCCUCACAUAUUCUGCCUACCAUCUCAGAGCAGAUGUAUAACUCCCCUACCUAGCUGUAGGCCAAAAUAAAUUGACCUUCCUUAUUCCCUCCUCCUGUUUUAAAUUAUUAUUUCAUCUCCUGCCCAAACACAUACUUGCAGGACAUGCAAAGUUCUUUAUCUUGCACAGAAGGUAACUGACUGAUGUGCCCUUCCUAAAGUGAACUACCCUUAUUUGUAAAGCCUUAUAAAGUAUGUAUGAUUGGAAUCAACAUAACGAUUUGAGUGUAUUGCAUCUCAGGUGUAAUGGAGAGAUACGGCUAACAGUCUGGUUUCUUAUAUUCUAAACUUCGGUUCUGACCCCAGAACCUGUACCUACUAUCUCAAUAUUUAGAAAACACUAUGGUCAUAAAGGCUUCUCGUUCUUAAUGCUUUUAGUUUAUCUUCUUCUUCUGUGCUAGCUCAAGGAUGUAGAACAGUGAUGCUUAUUUUCACUGGUUCUUGACACCACCCUUGUCUCUUACCUGCCCUGCUGUCUUCAGGGCAGAAAAAAUUUGCUUCUUCUGCUGUUUAGGGAGCAUUGUGAGUAGAAUUGGUGGUUAGCUGUUUUUCAUGUGGAUUUAAAUAACAUUGAAAUCAGGAGUGCCUGCAACACAGGAAUUUUUCCUUCUGAAAUUAUGAUGGAAACCCAAGGUUUGGCCCAUCUUUUCCCCCCUAGGCAAUAGAAAGAGUAUGCUGUAUGCUUUGCACUGAGUUAAUAGUUUAUUCGUGCUAGUUGUAGAUGUUUUAAGGACCUCCUUUCCCAAGUCAUUCUAUUUCCUUUAUUCGUUACCUGAGGAACUCUGUAACCUUCCUGCCUUGCAAACUCUGAAUUUUCACAUCUUUUGGAAGAAGAAGAGGAGGGGGGGGUCUUCUACAUUGUCUGUGCUUCAAAAAAAAUGUCUGCUAAUUUUUAGCUAGUGUGGCUCUUCUGUCCCUAUUCUCACCCUGCAGUAAGAUGAUGCCAUGGUUGUGUUUUGUAGACUCAGACUUUUAAAAUUUGCACAGUUUGGUUAGGUGUCAGUUAGUGGUAUUUUCUUUGUUUGGUCUUUGUCCUCCUUUUUCACACCAAAACCAAUUCUUUUGUUCCUGGAAGAUGGAAUAAGUAUAGUGAUUGUUUUUUCUGUUCUCUAACAUUUAAUUUCUCCCCUCCUUUUACACAGAAAAUAGUACUAGCAAAGUAAUAGACCUUUUUAGUUGCAGAACCUGUGCCCAUCUUUCACUGUAAUAAAAUUUCGUCAUCUCAGUGUGAAUGGUGGUAAUCUGUUUGCAUUGCUAAUAUUUGCAGGUGUCUGACGACCUAGGUAUGAUCCUUCAGAGGCUCGAGUCCUGUUGGUUAGUCCUGACUAGAGUAGGUUCAUGGAAUCAAUUACUGAAUGGUCAGUGAAUAUGUAGGUAUUUCCAGUGACUUCAGUGGUGUUACAGAGCUUGGUGCUAACAAGAGGACCAAGUCCAGAGUGUGAUCCCCAUUCCAAAACAAUUUGAUGCUUACUGUUUCCACUUGAAUGAAGACACAUGUGUAAAUAACUGACAAAACAGAGUCACAGGAGAAGACCUCUGUAGUAGUUGUCUUGUUACCCAAAUGAUGGCUUUUCAAAUGGGAACAUGAAGUGAGAUCCAUGUAGUCCAAUCUCUUUCCUUCACUCUAUCAUUGAGAACUAUUGAGAGAAGCAGUUGUGAGAUUCUUUCACAACUGACUGUGACAAACAUAGCUUUGCUGUGAAGUAUUAGAAGAAAACAGAAUUAUUGAUUGCUCUGGCACAUGAAAUUCAAUUCUUUGGUCAUUUUUUGAUCCAUUUUUCUUCUGGGUUUGGAGUCCCAGGAUUCUGGCUGUUUCCUCUUGGCCUUUGUAUUUGAGUACUAUCUUAACAGUGAUUAUGUGUUGUAGCUGUGUUUGCAGCGUAGUCAUUGGUUCUCCUGCUGUAAAAGUUUUGGCACAAUACUCCUUCAUACAACAAUUAAGCACAAAUAGAGGAUUUUCCAUAAUGCUUCAGCUAGCAUAAGAACUUGAUAGUAAAACUAAGACCCUAAGUGAUUAACUUAAUACAGAAACAUGAAAACUAGAAGCAACAAGACAUCUUUCCAUCUCUGGAAGUGUAUUUCUUCCCACCAGCAGCAUCUACAAGAAGUCAGUAAUACUUAUCUCUUUGAUGCUUCUGUUUCAGUGUUGAUCCACUUAGGAAUGUAUGUUCUGGUGACCCAAUGAGACUGAGUUUAGUUAGAUAAGCAGGGUGUGUCUGGAAGUGGUUUGGAGACUUUUAAUCAGUUCUUAAAGAAAAGUAUACAGGAAAGCCCAGGUAGCAUUCCUGUUUCUUGGAGAUAAUUAGGUUUGCAUAUUGUACUCUUACAUUGAAAUGGCUACUUGUCUUCCUCAGUCUGGGGAAAGACAAUCCAAGAUUUUGGAUUUUUUUUUCUGUAGUGAAACAAAUUAUUGACUUAAUGUGAAGCUCUUGUGUAAAUUUCUAAAACGAAGAGGAAAAUUCAGUCUGUGUCCUGUCAAGUUCCAGGCUUGAACUCUACUUCUUCAGCAAGGGGGUGGAGAAUUCAAAAAGACAGAGAGAUAAACCACAGUUCUAGGUCAUGAGUGCUAAUCCCUGUAAAUGUGAACUAGAAAAAUUUCAAGCCCCUUUAAAAAGGAAAAAUAAUCAGAAUAACAGAAUAAGCAAGUUUCUUCAUUGUAUGUUGAUCAGAGAGAAAGUUGCACCAAUAUUACACUUGUUAGCUAUGGCACUGUUGUAUUUAGGCAGACUAAUACAAUUCUUCCUUUUUUUUUUUUUUACCAGCUCUGGCAGGUAGUCUGCUUUGAAACUGACACUGGGAUGCCAUUUUGACAAUCUGACUACAGAAUUUAGCAUACUUAGUGUCUUGGUUACAUAAACUCCUUUGGUAAAUUGCAUUUGUUUCUUGAGGUGGAGCUGUGAUGGUUUUUUAAAAACUAUUGUUAGUGUUCUUGUUGCAUGUUGUGUUUUUAAUUGCCUGGUCAUGCUGUGGUUGCAGCUUGAAGUCAUGAAUGUUGUUACCUUGGAGGGUAUGGUGGUAAUUCUUUUGAAGAACAGCAGGAGUUGAUUUCAUUUCCUUGUAUUCUGUUGAUUACAGCAUGCCCCAGUAGUGGCAAUCCUGCUGUUUUGCCAGGUGUGUGCUUGUCUUAUAGCAAUACUUGUUGGCUCUGAUCUUACAGGCACUUCAAAAACUACCUGUGCUCCAAACAAAUUUCUUCCUUGGGAGUAGCAAUAAAGGGAUGGGGUAAGAUAGGGCGAGGAAAACCCAUGACUGCUGAGAAUUUUUAGUCUGUUACAUAGCUUGCACUAAUGGGAGUUUUGUUUUAUUUUAUCUGUUUGAGGGAGUAUAGUUUUCUUUCUAUUGUUUUUCUUCUUUUCUUGCAUUUUAGCUGUAAUAGAAGGAUUUUGAAGAAUUGGGAUCAGAACAGUGUGAGCACUAACUUCAUUCCCAAUGGAGGUUUCAUUCUUGAAAAUGUUGGUUAUUCUCACGCUGUUUCGUAUUAUUUUUGUCCUUUCUACCAGUUGUGUUGUUCUCUUCAUCUCGUUUGGAUUCUUCAUAGACAUACACCUCAGUUACGUUGCACUUGAACACACAAAUGGUGUGUGUCACACAAGGGGCACCCUAAUUGUGUUUUUGUUGUGUGUGUGAGGUAGGCUCAGACAGUGCUUUUGGUCUUGAUUAAUACAGGGUGAUAUGUGUGGUGUGUUCAGUCUAUACAAACUGGUAACUGUGCCUCCAUUCUCCCCAGCCAUCCUCUCUUGUGACAAGGUACACCAGAACUUAGCUGAAGAAGGUGUACCGCACUCUCUCAUUACUCUAUCAAGAGACAAUUGCUUCCUUUAUCUGUAGGUAGCAUCCAGCCUGUUUGCUAAAGAUUCUCAGAGGUAUCAAACUGUUAACUUGUGGCCUACCUUUAGAUUGAUUAUGGAAACUGGUAGAAUUGCUUUUCAUUAAACAGAAUUAGCAUAAGUAAGGCCAACAUUAUUUUUACACUGGUUUAAACAAUGCAAAAAUAUAAUUCAAAUACUGUCUUGAGAAAAGAGUAUAGAACUCCCUUUGGAGUGGACUUUUCCAGGAUCCCUGCUUGGUGGGCUCUUGUAGACUGAUAGUUGAACAGAAAUUGUACCUGUUGGGGCUGUUUUAGUACAGAGACCUUGUUUGUACCUGUAGCAGUGUACUGGAAAGCUUUAGGCAGCAAAGCAAAAGAAGCUGUAAGUACAUACAAAUACUCUUUUCCACUCUUUUUUCUCAGUUCUUGAGUAUUUCUCAGUAUAUUCCAUUUUAGUCUGGGACAAACACCACAUAUAAUAACCACCACAACAUUGGUAGCUAGUCCUUUGACUGCCAGUCUUGGAGAGAAGGACAACUCCAUUAUGUCACAAAGGAAAACCUGCCCUAUUUGCACUUAAAACAUCAGGAAAGUCAAUAGAGCAUAGCAAGAAGGUGUUCCUGGAAUUGUAGGUACUGAUUGUCCUUCAUGUCAAAACCUUUUUGGUCCAAGGGGCAUUCAAGGAAAGGUGUGCUUGCUGGUGUUCUGUCAGGGUGGCAGUCUGUUAGUUUCAUCAACAUAGGUGAGGCAGUGUUUUAAUUACUCAUCAGCACUCAGUGUUUGCUUUAAAUUCUAUCAAGGCUAGUUACAUUUUAAAAAUCAAAUCAGUAGAGCUUUAUCUUUUGCUUCUACAUCUGCCCUUCAGGUAGCUGAGAAGUAGAGAUACACAUCACUUUAGAAACAUUUAGUAACCGCUCUCUCUCCCUCUCUCUUGUGCCAUUCAUCUGACACUUUCAUGCCCUGAUUUUCGCAGGGAUGCAGUACCACUCAAUCAGCAAUAUGGUAGAAUUGGCAGUGGACUUGUGUAUUGCCUUUGCUUUCAUUCCCUGCUAAAAUAUUUUUCCACCUGGGGCCAUAGCUGCAGAGAUCCCAAAUACAAUGGACCAGUAUUUAGGGUGUCACCUAUAUGAAAGAGUGGACUUGAAUUAGGGAAUGAUAUUCACGGUAGACCUCAUUUUCUCUCUUUUAUUGCCUUCCCCAUGUGCAAGCACUUUACUGUGCGUCUGUGUAUGUGUGUGCACGCACACACAUGUGCUGAGGUACAGUUUCUACAUGCAUUAGUUACAGCUGAUCUUAAGGACAGAGGUGUAUGAAUAGCUAAGGUGUUAAAAUAUCACCAUGGUGAAUUUUAAAAAACAAAACCUCUCUUUCUCCCACCCCAUGUGCAUGAAGACUCUGACACUAUCCCAGGCAAAUCAGGAAGUUGCAUGUCUCCCCUCCAGGUAUUUCAGAAGCUGAUCUAUACAUUAUACGUAUCAUAGGAGUUGGCAAGCCCUGGGAUCUGUUUACUGUCAGUUUGUCUACCACCAUUGCAUGAUAUAGUUUUGGUUCCUCCCAUGACAAGUAUAAUGUUUCAGCUGGCCUCCAAAAGGGUUCCAGGAGGUGGAAGAGAGAUGUCAGGCCAUAUAAGCAAAAUCACCAUGUGGUGGAUUUACCAUUUCAGAUACUUAAUAUACGCUCACCCUAUUUUUUGCUCAUUGAUCCAUUAAAAUAAAAACCAUGUGUAUUUAUUUUUGGAAUCUCUUGUCCCCUGACCAGUGCAGAAGAGCUCUGUAGGACUGAAACAGUUCAGAUGCCUCCCCCAGGAAGCUGUGGGUGUCUCGGUGUAGAAUUUGGUCCCUUCAAAAGUUCAUUUGGGGGCAGGGAUGAAGGGAGAGCAGGUCUUCAUGCCUACCUCUUGCAAUAAAAAUGGAGUGGAUCAGGGCACUAUUAAACCCUUUCAUGCUCUUCAUCUGAAACCAGGGCGAGCAGAAUCCAUACAAGCAGCUCCUACUAGAGUAGGACAUCUACACUGGAAACAUGUUCUCUACUCUGUAUGAGUCUGUUUUCUUAUCCAGUGAGAACCUAAUGAGCAUAAAGCUGGUGAGAGAAAUGGAUGCUAGCUCUUAGAUCUUCACCUCAUGCUUAAUGGACCUGCUUUGUGUUUGGUCUUUUGUGUAUAAUUGUGUGGGUGGGUGGGGAAAGAAGAGUAGUUGUAUUUUAUUCUUCAGAGCACUAAAUGUACAACCUGCUGAUCCAAAGCAGCAUGCAGUCAUGUUGUUCUCCUUUGAGGCAGGGGCCUUAAUUAGGGUGGUUUGGGUAAGUAGGAUCUUUUUUAAAACAAAAAAUGAGAUGCCUUUGUUAUAUAUAAUAUAUAAUUUGGGCAAGUUGAAAGGGUGGGUGGGGAAGGGAGUAUUGUUGGUGCAGUGGUGUUCUGUGUGAGGAUGGGCAUGGGAGUAAACAUGGAAGCACUGCCUACAAAGCAUUCCCUAUCCACACCGCCCCCAUAGCUGUUGUUGACCCACAGUCACCGUGGAGCGCCUUUCUUAACCAUUUUCUUGUUUGCGUUGGAGAUCUUGGACCAAUGUUUAGAAGAGAUUUUAAAAUGCACAUUUAGAUCAGCUCACAUGCCUGUGUUCCUGCUCACAGACACAAUGAUCUUCCUUCAAACACUGGUUUAAAGCACAAAAAGACCCAAAUCCCAGAAUGUGCACUGAGAGUAUUUGGGGAGGUUGGUUGUGGUGAGGGAGCUUCCAAGGCCAGUUGAAAUCCCCCCAGAUUCCAGUUCUAACCCCAAUGCACUCUUUAGUGCUCCAAUGUGCAAUCAGAGUCUAACUCUUUUCUACAUCCCACCAUGCAGUCUUGAGGCUUGCAAUGCCGGGUGCCUUUGUUGGCAAUCUCCCUUUAUUUCUGGUUCCCUCAUAUUCCUCCUCUGUUAGGGGUUUCUUGACAAAAUGAAGCACUUCUCUCUCUCUCUGUCUGUUAGAAACAACUAAACCUGUGUUCUGAUUCUGGAAGGAAAUGCAAAUGUGUCAAACCUGCCACUAACUCUUCUCCCCGCCUGGUUGUUCCAUGAAGUAAAAAUCUGUAUAAUAUAUAUUGGAGAACAAUAAAGAAAUCAGACUAGUGUCACAAGCCAUCCAUUCCUCUUUCCACACACUGCACCCCACCCCUGCACAGUGUGGAAGCCACCUGGUAAAAGCCCCUUUACGUGAACCCAGUGAAUGGUUACCUUUUUUUGUCUCAGAUCUUAUAUAUGCAUUUUCAGAAUUUCUGCAUCACCUUUUGGGGGUUUGGGAAGGGAGGGAGGGGUUAAACAAGAACUUAAAUGCUAAAUUAAAAAAAAGCAUUCAGACUUGAUCUAUUUUCUACAAUGUAUGCUGCGACCAGGUCCUGUUAUUCAUAUUGUGGCUUUGAAUCAAUUAUGUUUAUUAAAAUGCUGUUGCUUCUA